AUGUUGUCAAAAUAUUUCUCCGUCGUGAUACUAUGCCUGACCGUCGUCAACGGAAAUCUUGUAGAGCACGGAGAGCCGAAAUGUUUAUCGAAAUUUGACUAUGAUGAGAAAAUGUUAAUGAAACAAUUAAGACUGGAGUACAAAGUUCAGAAAUUUGAAGAUUUUAUUAAUGAAAUAAAGGCAAAGGAGGAAAAGGAAAAAGAGGAGCGCGUUAAAUUACUUGCUGCAGAGUUAGGGAAAUUCAAACAAGAGAACGCGGAAGAGAUUGCGAGACAGAAAAAUGUGACGUCAGUAAUGCUCAAAGAUUUGGCGAAUUCUAAGAUUGAGUUAGAAAAAAAGAUGAAAGAGAAAUCAGAACCUAAGAAAGAGGAAGUCGUGGUAUUCACCGUCUCUACACCUGCGAAGGGUACUAGUGCAAACUCUAUGACUUUCACCCAGAUCAUUACAAACGAAGGUAAUGGGUUUGAUACAUCGACUGGCACGUUUACAUGCCCUGUUAGCGGGCUCUACUACUUUUCCUUACACAUCAUGAAAAAGAGGUCUUCCAGUACGGACGCUGCCGGAUGUUCCAUUUAUCUGAACGGAACCGGUAAGGUGAGAGCUUUUGUAGAUCCACAGGACGGGUCCAAUGGUGCGGACAACGGAAGUUGUCGAACUCUGUGUACCUCAUUCUGA